AUGGGUGCCCUCUACUACGCUUUCCACCCAAACCAAUUGCGGUCCAUCAUUCAAUGGAAGAUGUGGCACGAUCCCGUUCACAGGCGAACGCCCGAGAAGGAGAGCCCCGAACUGCGAAAGUGCUUCGAGCUGCUCGACUUGACGAGCCGUAGCUUUUCGUCCGUCAUCCAGGAGCUCAACCCGGAGCUUCUCGUUCCCGUCUGCCUGUUCUACCUCUGCCUCCGCGGUCUCGACACCAUUGAGGAUGACAUGACGCUCUCUGUCGAGAAGAAGGUGCCACUUCUGAGGAAAUUUGACGAGUGCAUGGAGACGGAUGGCUGGACAUUCACCGAGAGCGGCCCCAACGAAAAGGACCGCGAGCUCCUGGUCCACUUCGAUGUCGUGAUCACCGAGCUGAAGAAGCUGAAGCCCGUCUACUACGAUGUCAUCAAGGACAUCACCAUCAAAAUGGGCAACGGUAUGGCCGACUACAUCAACGCCCCCUUCGGUGCCGAGAAGGUCACCGAGCACGAGCUGUACUGCCACUACGAGAGGGAGGAGCUGACCGAGUCGAUGGGUCAGUUCCUGCAGAAGACCAACAUCAUCCGCGAUGUCCACGAAGACUUUGAGGACAACCGCAGCUUCUGGCCCAAGGAGAUCUGGAGCAAGCACGUCGACACGUGGGAGGAUCUUUUCAAGCCCGAGAACCGCGAAAAGGCGAUGCAGUGCAGCUCCGAAAUGGUCCUCAAUGCGCUCAAGCACGCCGAGGACUGCCUGUUCUACAUGGCCGGCAUGCGCGACCAGAGCUGCUUCAACUUUGUCGCCAUUCCCCAGAGCAUGGCCAUUGCCAGUCUCGAGCUUGUCUUCCGCAACCCCCGCCUCUUCGACAGCCACCUCAAGAUCUCCAAGGGUGAUGCUUGCCAGCUCAUGAUCGAGUCGACGCAGAACCUGUUUGUUGUGUGCGACAUCUUCAAGCGUUACGUCCGGAGGAUACACAAGAAGAACGACCCGCGCGACCCCAACUACGUCCCCAUCAGUGUGCAGUGCGCCAAGAUUGAGCAGUUCAUCGACACUCUGUACCCGAGGCAAGACCCUGAAAAGCUCACCGUGGAGCAGAAGAAGAAGGACGCCAAGGAUCCCAGCAUGGACCCUGGCGAGGCAGCCGUUCUUCUCGGCAUCACGCUGCUGACGCUCCUCUUCGUCUCUGGUCUCAUGAUUGGCACGGCGUGGUUCUUCGGCGCACGCUUCGAUGGUCUCUGGUCUGGACUCUUCGGCUCCUCACAAAACGAGACGUACAGCUGGCCGACCGCUGGCGAGGCCGUUCCCUCGGCAGUGCCUUCGAUCGAGCAUCCCGAGCUGUAA